GCGAGCGUGCGUGGCCGUGGUGUUCGCGCUCUCGUGGUUGAGGCCGGCGGGGACAGUGUAAUCAUAACCCCCCUCGUCUUAGCAAGAUGCCCCCCAAAAAGGGAGGUGAUGAUGGGGUUAAGCCACAUCCAAUCAUUGGAAGGUUUGGGACGUCCCUGAAAAUCGGCAUUGUUGGGCUGCCAAAUGUUGGGAAAUCCACAUUCUUCAAUGUGUUAACAAAAAGUCAAGCAGCAGCAGAAAACUUCCCUUUCUGCACUAUUGAUCCAAAUGAGAGUCGGGUGCCUGUGCCAGAUGAUAGGUUCGACUUCCUAUGCCAGUACCAUAAACCUCCAAGCAAGAUUCCAGCCUUUCUGAACGUAGUGGAUAUUGCUGGUCUUGUGAAAGGAGCCCAUGCUGGCCAGGGCCUAGGAAAUGCCUUUUUGUCUCAUAUUAGCGCCUGUGAUGGAAUCUUUCAUCUGAUGCGAUCAUUUGAAAAUGAUGAUAUCACUCAUGUUGAAGGAAGUGUAGAUCCCGUUCGUGACAUUGAAAUAAUACAUGAAGAACUUAGACUUAAGGAUGAGGAAAUGAUCAUUCCAAUUAUAGACAAAUUAGAAAAAGUAGCUGUGAGAGGAGGGGACAAGAAAUUAAAACCUGAAUAUGACAUAAUGUGUAAAAUCAAAACCUGGGUAAUAGAUGAAAAGAAACCUGUGCGCUUCUAUCAUGAUUGGAAUGACAAAGAGAUUGAUGUGUUGAACAAAUACUUGUUUUUGACUUCAAAACCAAUGAUUUACUUGAUUAACCUCUCGGAAAAAGAUUACCUUCGAUGUAAAAACAAAUGGUUGAUAAAAAUUAUAAAGUGGGUGGACAAGCAUGACCCAGGUGCCUUGGUCAUUCCUUUUAGUGGGGCCUUGGAACUCAAGUUGCAAGAAAUGAGUGCUGAGGAGAAACAGAAGUAUCUGGAAGAGAACAUGACACAAAGUGCUUUACCAAAGAUCAUUAAGGCUGGGUAUGCAGCACUCCAACUAGAAUACUUUUUCACUGCAGGCCCAGAUGAAGUGCGUGCAUGGACCAUCAGGAAAGGGACGAAGGCUCCUCAGGCAGCAGGAAAGAUUCACACAGAUUUUGAAAAGGGAUUCAUUAUGGCUGAAGUAAUGAAAUAUGAAGACUUUAAAGAAGAAGGUUCGGAAACAGCUGUCAAGAGUGCUGGGAAAUACAGACGACAAGGCAGAAAUUACAUAGUUGAGGAUGGCGAUAUUAUCUUCUUUAAAUUUAAUACACCUCAACAGUCCAAGAAGAAAUGAAUAUUAGAUGUUGCUCAUUGUUCACAAUAAACUGUGCUACUUCAAAAA